AUGUCGCAGAAACUUAACCAGGGACUAAACCCAUCGCGAAGAGGAACGUCGCGGGCGGUCCACGAGUGCGUGAAAUGCGGAGCCUGUUUCUGCCACACGAGAAAGCUGGUGGAGCACCUGAAGAACCUGCACGACAUCGACAAAGCGUUCAGCUGCGACGAGUGCGGCAAAACGUUCAGGAGCCCGAUGAACAUAGCCCGCCACAAGCUGAUCCACACCGGUUUCAAGCGAUUCGCCUGCGACCUGUGCGAUUACAGAUCGAACCAGAAGUCGAAUCUCGAGAACCACUGCAGACGGCACACGAAGGACUACUCGUUCAGGUGCGAGAGAUGCCAGAAAGGCUUCUUCCUGAGGACGGAGUACCUGGAGCACGUGAACGUUCACACGAGGAAGCAGCUGUUCCGCUGCGAGCACUGCGACAAGUCGUAUCCUUACAAGAAAAAUCUGACGGCGCAUCUGAAACGCCAGCACGCAAAUGUUCUGCCCGUGGAGACCGCGAGAGACGAUUCGAAACGCAAGCACGUUUGCAAGAUCUGCCUGGAAGGUUUCGCGCAGAAACUGUUCCUGGAAAGGCAUUUGAAGAAAACGCACGGACUGCGCGACAAGGCGAAACAUUUGUGCGAUCUGUGCGGCACGGUGUUGUCCUCCAAGAGGAGACUGAUGGUGCACAGACGCGGCCACGUGAACGAGAAGAUCGCUAAAUGCGAUCUCUGCGGCAAGGAGUUCGCCAGCAGGGAGAACCUGAGCAUACAUCGGCGUGUACACACUGGCGAAAAGCCACACGUUUGCUCGCAGUGUGGCAGAGGGUUCUCGCAAAGGACGUCGUUGAUUUUGCAUUUGAGGUACCAUUCGGGAGAAAGGCCGUAUCAGUGCUCAGACUGCGGCAAGGGAUUCACCGCGAAGGGCCUGGAGAUCCAUAAUCGCUCGCACACGGGCGAAAAGCCCUACACUUGCGAGGUCUGCGGCAAGUGCUUCGCCUGCGAGACCCUGCUGAGGACUCACAACGUCACGCACACCGGGGAACGAAAGUAUUCCUGCGACCAGUGUGGCAAGGCGUUCACUCAGAGGUCCACACUGGUGGUUCACAAACGCUACCACACCGGUGAACGGCCGUACGUUUGCACGCGUUGCGGGAAAGGCUUUGUGACGAGGACCGUUUUGAAUACUCACAUGAAGUCCUGUCGCUGAGGGAGGGCGG